AUGCAGACCGCGGUUCCUGAUUUGCCGACUUGGACUGGCAUCCGCGCCUGGAUUGAUGAGGCGGAGGCCACGCAAAAGAGAACUGGCUCGGCAUGCCACAUAUCUUGCGCGCAGCUGCUCGCCCUCUCGCAGUUUGCCAACUUCUUUGAGGAGCCUGAGAUGUCCACGGAGGAAGACCACGUCACUAAGCUGAUCGGCCUCGCACAGAGAAGAGGGCUGGGCUUUCCCACUUUUGCAAUGUAUGAAGCCAUCCAAGUACCCAUCCAAGGUGUCUUUCGGCCCCGGUGGCGCUGUAGAUGCGUUCUGGAGAGCGGGCAGACGUUCCCACGGCCGCGUAAGGAAAAACUACCCGCUCUGUUCACCGAUAAGAAGGUACGCCUUCCACCAUCCUCGGUUAUUGCAAAAGUAAAAUGUCUAAGCCCGGAAACAGAAAGCGGAGCAAUUUGCGGCAUUCGAAGCGUAGUGCUUUCUACUCGGCUCGGACGGGGCUCCGUCACUCCCGAUGCUGGUACCCAAGCUACCAGUCCAACCACCACCGCCUCUAUCAUCGCAACCGCCGGUACGGAAAAGACAGCCAGCCGCACACAGAGCAGCGUCAGCCGUCUUGAGGGACAUGCCUCUCGGAAGGCCGCCUAUCCGCCGAUCCGCCAAGCGCUCGCGCCAAUUAUCAAACUCUUACUCUUCUGGCGGCACCCAACCCCUCUCAGACGGGCGGCACUCCAGCGGCCCGACUCCAUCUUUGUCUUCUAG